AAAAGCCGCAAAUAUAUAUAAGAGAGGUCAUCGGCACUGGAAUGUUGAAUAAUGGAGGUUUGGAAUCUUGAUAACAGAGAGUAGAAUGUCCGGCAUUGAGAAUUCAGGUACCAGAGAUGAGUACGAACAGACAUUGACCCUGCCUGAUGAUGGGGUGGAAUAUAGACCCGAUGAGGAUAUGGAAUAUAGACCCGGGGAUGAGAUGUCUUCUAGUGUUCAAGAAAAAGCCGAUAAUCUUAGUGUUCAUUCUAAUACACCAAUACCUAUUCCUUCACCCGAUGAGAUUUCAUUGGUGAGAGAGCUUCUUUUCAUAUUUUUCAUGGCUUUGGCUCAAUUAUUCACUCAAGCUGGGGUUAGUCAAACCAUUAAUCCAGGAUCAGAAAUUGCAGAAACUUUUAAUGUUCAAGAUAAGCCAGGAGAAAUCUCUUGGUUUUCUGCUAGUUACUCGUUGACCGCAGGUACUUUCAUUUUAGUUUCAGGUCGUUUGGGUGACAUGUAUGGUUAUAAACUCAUUUAUAUAAUUGGAUUUAUAUGGUAUGGGGUAUUUUCAUUAUUAUGUGGAUUUUCUGGAUUCACCAGUUCGGCAGUUUUUUUCGAUAUAAUGAGAUCACUACAAGGGGUAGGUCCAGCAUUAGUGAUGCCAAAUGCCACUGCUUUGAUUGGUCAUUAUUAUCCCCCAGGCCGUAAGAAGAAUUGGGCAAUGUGCUGUUUCGGUGCAGUUGCUCCUUCAGGUUUUUGUUUUGGUGCUAUAUUCUCAGGUAUUUUCACUCAAUUAGUUUGGUGGCCUUGGUUUUUUUGGGUUCAUGGUAUUGUUAAUUUCAUCGUUGCCUUUAUGGCUUUUUUCAUUAUUCCUAAACGAAUUGGUAGUCGUUCGGUUAAACUGUUUGAUUGGAUUGGUUCAGUAACCGGGGUUUCUGCUUUAAUUUUAAUCAAUUUUGCAUUCAAUCAAGGUCCAAACGUUGGUUGGGAUAAAGUUUAUGUCUACGUUUUAUUAAUUGUUGGAUUUUUAUUAAUUGUUUUAUUUUAUCUCUCAAUUAAAAAAGUUAGUACUCCAAUUGUAUCAGCAGAUGCUUUCAGAGGUGAAACUGGUGCUAUAUUGGGUACUAUUGCUGCUGGUUGGUCUUCUUUUGGUAUUUGGUUACAAUACAGUUUUGAAUGGUCAAAAUAUGUUGAUGGUCGUAAACCAAUCAUGAGAGCAGUUGAAUUUAUCCCUACGGCAUUUGUCGGGUUUCUGGCAGCUGCUUUAACUGCAUUCUUAUUAACGAGAGUUCCAUCUUCCGUGGUCAUGCUCAUGGCUAUGGUUUCUUUCCUCGGUGGUAUUGUCAUUAUGGGUACAAGACAUGUUGGUCAAAUUUAUUGGGGUCAAAAAUUCGUCUCUUUAUUAGUUCAAUGUUGGGGGAUGGAUAUGAGUUUCCCUGCUGCUUGUAUCAUUCUUUCAAAUAGUUUACCUCGUCACCAACAAGGGAUUGCUGGUUCCUUAGUCUCAACUUUCGUUAAUUAUUCCAUUUCAAUUGGUUUAGGUUUUGCCGGUACCGUUGAAUACUAUGAAACAAAAAAUAAACCAGUCAAUGAAGAAACAAGAAUCUACGGGAUGAGAAGAGCCUUUUACAUGGGUAUGGGACUCGCAGGUCUUGGAGUUGUUUUAUCACUUUUAUUCUUGUAUAAACAAAUUGUUCUUGAACCUCGUAAAAAUAGAAAAGCUGAAAAAGAAAGUCAAAACACUGAUGACAAACUCGAAAAUGAAGCUUAAUCACUCUUAUUUAUUGCAUUUAAU